UGCCCCAUCAUUGGUGUCAGUGUGGGAGGAAUAGUGCCCCAUCAUUGGUGUCAGUUGGGGAGGAAUAGUGCCCCAUCAUUGGUGUCAGUGGGAGGAAUAGUGCCCCAUCAUUGGUGUCAGUGUGGGAGGAAUAGUGCCCCAUCAUUGGUGUCAGUGUGGGGGGAAUAGUGCCCCAUCAUUGGUGUCAGUGGGAGGGAAUAGUGCCCCAU